UGAAGCUUCAAUUCACAAUUGACUGAAGAAUAAGAUUGCCGGUAUAAUCCCGGUUUGUACUAACCAUACUCUAAUACUAUUUGGUGGUUUAAUUUAACGGCGGACAAACCGGCCUGGACCGAAAUAAAAGAAAACCGGAGUUGGCUACCUGGAGCUGGAGGAGAGAAGAGUUGUGCAGUAGGAACAGCUUUCCGAGAGAAAUGAAAUCUCUCUGCUUCAUUUCUUCUUCUACAGCUCCAUUGAUUCGUUCGCCUCCAUUUCUUCCUCUUAAUCGAACAAGCUUGAAUCGAUUUACCCUCAAGAUUCAAUCUUCUCUCUACUUAUCCCAUCCAACAAGAUGCAGUAUUUCAAACCCCUCGAGCUCGGAGGAAUCGUUGGAUUCCAAUGAUGGAAUGUCUCGGGCAUCGAUCAGUGUCUUCGGAGGAACUUCGCUUAACAAUCUAAAGAUGCAAGUGGGCAGUCCAAUUUCGCUGCAUUCAAUCAACCCAUUAGCUAAGCUGAGUUUGAGUGAUCAAGCAUUUCUUCUCUUGGCCUUCAUCGUUUGCACGACUUCAGUGGCUUUUACAAGUCUUGUGAUUGCAGCUAUUCCUACACUUUUGGCCAUGGGUAGAGCUGCGACUUCCUUUGCCAAGUUAGCCGACACAGCUCGCAAAGAACUCCCUAGUACAUUGGCAGCCCUAAGGCUCUCCGGCAUGGAAAUAAGCGAUCUUACUCUAGAAUUGAGCGAUUUAAGCCAAGAUCUAGCUGAUGGUAUAAACAAAUCAGCUAAAGCGGUUCAAGCAGCUGAAGCUGGAAUCAAACAGAUUGGAACACUUGCACAACAGCAAACUCUCUCAAUGAUUGAAGAGAGAGCAAAUUUACCAGAAAUAUCACUGCAACCUGUUGUGGCUGGUGCGGCAGAAAAGACUUCUCACGCACUCGGCAGUGCAACUAAGAGACUAAUGAACAUUAUAACCGGAGGAAACAAGGAUGAGGAUUUAGACGUUUAGAAGCUUUCACUUGGAGUGUUGUUUUCUUCUUCUUCUUUUUGUCCGUCUUUGUUUAAAGGAAUCAGUACAAGGUACCAAAGUCCAUUUAGGGAAACAUAGAAUCUAUGAACAAGACAUUUGGUAGAAUUUGGUAUAUGUAUGAAACCUGAUGUGUAUGACACAAAAAAAAAAA